AUGCGUUUCAAGACUACACUUCAGAAAGACUGUGUAGGCUGGACAUCGCCAGAUGAGGUGUACUCCGCAGCAGAUGACCACCGCAUCAUCAAGUGGAACUUGAUGAACAAUGAGACUUCGGUACUCUUAGAGUUGCCUAAAGAUUGCUUCCCUACCAGCAUGCACUGGUUCCCAAAGUCUGCCCAGGCUGGAGUGGGGAAGAAAGCAGGAUCUGAUGUGUUUGCACUCACUUCUACAGAGGGUAAGUUUCAUCUGAUCAGUCGAACUGGUAGAACAGAGAAGAGUGUUGAGGCUCACAAGGGAGCAGUUUUGUGUGGCAGAUGGAGCUACGAUGGCACAGCCUUGGUCACAGCAGGCGAAGAUGGGCAGGUGAAAAUCUGGUCAAGAAGUGGAAUGCUACGCUCAACUCUCACACAGAACAGUAUCCCAGUGUAUGGCAUUGCCUGGAGCCCUGACUCUGAUCAAGUGCUCUUCACAAAUGGCCGACAGCUGGUGAUCAAACCUCUACAAGCCAGUGCUAAACCUCAGAUGUGGAAAGCACAUGAGGGUAUCAUUUUGAGUGUUGACUGGAACGCUGUAAACAAUCUUAUAUUGUCAGGCGCAGAGGAUAAAAGAUACAAAGUGUGGGACAUUUAUGGCCGACAGUUGUACAGUAGCAGCAGCCACGACUACCCUAUAACAUCUGUAUCCUGGACACCUGAUGGAGAGAUGUUUGCCAUUGGCUCCUUCAACACCCUUCGUCUUUGUGACAGGAGUGGAUGGUCAUAUGCUUUAGAGAAACCAAAUACAGGAAGUAUUUUCAGUCUAGCCUGGUCAAGUGAUGGCACACAAGUGGCCGGAGCGUGUGGAAAUGGCCAGGUCAUCUUUGCAAAUGUUAUUGAGAGAAGACUGGAGUGGAAAAACUUUGAAGCUACAGUAACAGCCAGCAAGCAGAUUCACAUUCGCAAUGUGAUGAAUGAUGCAACAGAAAAACUCGACUUCAGGGACCGUGUUAUCAAAUGUGUCCUGGGUUUUGGCCACUUGGUUGUGGCCACAUCCACUCAGUGUUACAUCUACAGCACUAAAAACUGGAACACACCUGUCAUCUUUGACCUAAAGGAGGGCAGUGUAACUCUCAUUAAACAGGCAGAAAAACAUUUCCUGCUGGUGGAUGGCACGGGUGUGUAUGUGUUCUCCUAUGAUGGACGUUUGGUGUGUACACCAAGGUACCCAGGCAUGAAGGCAGACAUCCUGAACCAGCAGACAAUUGCUCUCAGCAGUGAUACUGUUGCCAUUAGAGAUAAAAGUGAUGAGAAAGUGGUGUAUGUGUUUGAUGCUCAGACUGGUAAAAUUAUGGGCGAUGGCAAACCUAUCACUCACAAGGUUGAGGUCAUGGAUAUUGGACUAGACCAGUGUGGCAUUACAGCAGAGAGAAAAAUCACCUUCAUUGACAAAAAUAGAGAUCUGUUCCUCACCUCAGUUCGGAUCUUUGGUACUGAGAGAAAGAUCAUCAAGCUAGCAAACAUGAUCCAAUCCCAUGCCUGGAAUGACGAGACAAACAUGCUGGCUGCCAUGACAGAUGGGAAACUUUUGGUCUGGUAUUAUCCAAAUGCAGUUUUUGUUGAUAAGGAUUUACUGCCCAAAACUCUCUUUGAGAAGGACACCAGUGAGUUCGGUAAAGAUCCACAGCUGAUUGAUUUCCUUGGAAGUCAUCUUAUCCUGAGAAGGUCAGAAGGCUCUCUGGUGUACACGUCAGUCUCCCCUUACCCCUUGGUACUGCACCGUCAUGCCAUGAAUAACAAGUGGAAUGAUGCUGUCAGGUUGUGCAGAUUUGUCAAGGAGGAAAAUGUCUGGGCUUGCCUGGCUGCAAUGGCAACAUAUGCGAAAGACUUAAAUACUGCAGAAAUAGCAUAUGCUGCAAUUCAGGAGGCUGACAAGGUGCAGUUUAUUAUCAACAUUAAAGAGAUUCCUGUGAAGGAAGCAAGGAAUGCAGAGAUGGCUCUGCUUUAUGGGAACCAGCAGGAUGCCGAGGCCAUACUUCUACAGGCGGGGCUGAUCUUCAGAGCAAUCAUGUUAAACAUUCAGCUGUACAAUUGGGACAGGGCACUGGAGCUGGCAGUGAAACACAAAACACAUGUAGACACUGUGUUAGGGCACCGGCAGAAAUUCCUGGCCAGAUUUGACAAGCCAGAGACCAAUAAGAGAUACCUGCAGUACAGAGAGGGGGUUGAAAUAGACUGGGCCAGUAUCAACAGCAAGGUUGAGAUGGAGUAUCAGAAGGAACGAGAGAGACCUUCUGGUGGAGGCAGCAGCAGCACUGCAGUCAGUGGUGGAAGUCGUGGCAUUAAAACAUAG